AUGAAGACAUCUCUUUUCCUCAGCUGCAUUACCCUUGCGGUCACAGUGGCUGCCGCUCCUGUCCCUGGAUCGGACGCUGUUGCUAGCUACGAAUGGAAGAAGGACACCCAGAGUACUGAUGGUAUUGCCAGUUAUGAAUGGAAAAAGGAUACUCAAAGCACGGACGGCGUUGCCAGUUAUGAAUGGAAGAAGGACACCCAGAGUACUGAUGGUGUUGCCAGUUACGAAUGGAAGAGGGGUACCCAGAACACUGAUGGCGUUGCCAGCUAUGAAUGGAAGAAAGACACUCAGAGCACGGAUGGCGUUGCCAGCUAUGAAUGGAAAAAGGAGUAG